CAGCGGCUAUUGGAGACCGCCUCCCCCAGUCAGAGUCGCGCGCCUGCGGGUACGGACGUGUCGGCCGCAUGUGGAUUUGUCGCGAGUGGUGUGAUCACACGGCGCCGGUAUUAACGCGCUCCUUGUACUAUAGUACUUUUAUUAUAGUAUUGUCCGAGUGACGCCUCUUUUAAUUAUGCUCAUGGUCCAGACAAACGCUCAGCCGAUGAAGAACAACAAACUGAAAGGCCCACCUCCUGUGCCUCCGCGACCAAAUCAAAGUGUUGUGGCGGAGGCGCUGGCGAAAACGAGGAAGGCCGUUGCGGAAUCGAAGGCCAACUUUACCAAGUCUCGUAGUUAUUCUAAACAAGAGCACUCGAAUAGCGGUGCGCGUUCUAAAACUUUGGAAAGAGCUAACACAGUGCAGCCGACAGUCUCGCCCAAACAAAAUGGUUUGGCCCGUGUUAAGUCAUUUAUUAGAGACGUUAUCAGCGACCGUAGUUCUUCGUCUGAUGAGCGUAAAUCCAGUGGUCAGAACUCGAGAAGAAGUUCGAGUGACAGUAGUUCAACACCUGCGGCUAUUACAGUGAGAAAAUCGAAUGAAUCACUCAACUCUAAAGCAGUUAAAACCUGUCGACAGAUAUUAGUGAGAUCACUGUCGACGUCAAACAAAUUAGAUCAGCAAGAUGCAAAAUGCAAGGUUACAAAGUCAUCUAGUUUUGCAGAAAAAUCUUUGCCAUUGCGUAAAGCUCCUCCACCGCCUCUCUCACCUAAACCUAAGUUAAAACCAAUGAAACCAUUACCGGUACAAAAACGUCCAAAGGUAAAUACACCAACGAAAGAAUCACCUGAGAUUAGUCUUUACGCUUCGCCAAUAGACGCGAAGCCACCUCGUAGUCCCCAGUCUGAGGCGCCUUAUGCUUCAGUCGAGGAAGUUCAAGAAUUCGACGACCGGCUUCGCAACAGUCCCUCGAGACAAAUCGACAAUAUCACGGAUCACAAAGAGCUCAGGAUUGUUAAUAAUGAAACAGAAAAUAAAAAUAAUAAUUCUCUAGAAAGGAAAACAUCUCAAGUGACAGAAAUGCUAAUCUCGGAAAUAUUAGCGAGCAGAAACAACAACAAAGACGAAGCUAAUACGGUUAUAGAUAAAGGGAAAGAUUCUGAGAAUAUCACCAAAGAGAACGAGUCACAUCAGAUGCAAUUGAUGAAGGACAUGAACAAUCACGAGAUGUUGAUUUAUGAACUACAAACGAUGCGGUCACAGUCUGACGUACCGCAAAGUUUUGAAACGAAGGACAUAGAAAGAAAUGGACAUUGCGAUUCUGAAGAUUCUGAACAAAACUACGCGAUGUCCUCUGUGAACAGUGAAAAUGUGGAUGAUGAUUAUGAACACGCUUACGCUUAUAUUGUUGAUGAUGAUUUAAAAUCUAGGCUACGUAAACAGUUCCGGGCGAUCAGCACAAUGUCGUUGCAAGGCCUGCCCCCACUACCGAAGAGUCUCAGUGGCUUCGCGGAAGACGAUCCGGAUACUCCGGACCCUCCAGACACAUCCAACGAAAAACCACCCACCGAUCUUGAUUCACAGCUCGUUUAUCUCAAGAAAGAAAUGGCCAGCCUGCGUCAGUUGGAUCUGUCGCUGUUGUCCGAAUUGUGGAGUCUGAGCGAGGCCAUGGCGUCGUGGAGGAGACAGCUGGAACGGGCGCCGCGACUCAGACCAGCACCACCACCGCCCCCACCCAUACACUACCUCAGGACAUAGCCCCGCCACAGAACUCACCAAUAUAACGAAGAAUCUUACGUCAUUAAAAUAUAAGGCUAUAAUGAUUGCCAAUGUUAGUUUGAAGGAUGAAAUAAAUAAAGCGGACUGUCAUUUGUGUAUUAAUUACGUGAGAAAUAGUGAAGUGACGUUGUAGUGAAAAUGAAUGAAUUUAACUGACUCAAUGUUUACUUACGUGCGAAGAAAAGAUAUUGUUAUGCAUAUGUAGCUUCAGAUGACCAUAAUUUUUCUUGGUCAUUACAACCUAGUAUUAAAUUUCAGAUUUUGUAUUAUAAUUAACAAAAUACGAAAGUCGUUUGAUGAUUAAUUUAUAAAUAUUUUUAGAUUUAAUAAAAUUAAAGGUAAAAUGAUUGUGUCUCAUUUCCUAUUCACGAUUGCUAGGAACGGUUUAUUUUCCCUAAGGGACAGUUUAGACAACCACCCUGGCUCCUCGGGUCAUAAAUUCAAACACACUCGAAGAAACAAAUUGUACCACUUUUGAUGUUCGUGUAAAACUAGAUAAGAAAACUAAAUUAAUUAAAUGUAAGAUUUUUAAGUUAUGUAUUCGAAUUUCUUUCCCGAUUUUGAAUACAGACCCUCAAGUGUAUUUUAUCUAUCGCCUUAACUACGGAGGCGAUCGGAAAUUCGCAAUUUUUUUAAAAAUCUACAAAUGUUGCCAUACCUUGUACCGUUGGGGAAGUCAAUUCGCACCCGCACUGCUUUUUUGUCUGUUUUUGUUUUAACGGUACGAGAUUAUUAAGAGUACAGUUCUUUUUAAUUUUUAAAGAAAUUUAAAAUCGCAAGUGUAAUGUAAUAGCUGCGCUACAAACGCCACUAACUUGAUUUUGCCGUCUCUACUAUUUUAUAAAUAUAACAGUAUGAGCAUUAGUAUCCUUAAAUAGAGCCGAAGAAGGCCUUUAAUUCAAAAUCAAUCCGAACAUUUCGACGAAAUCUUCACAAUUGAAACUAAAUAAGAAUGAGAGAACUUAAGACCCUACUAGGUAAAAUAUUAGACGAAAUAUUAUCUGAAAAAGUAAUAUCUGAUGGUCACUUAACGUAAUCUUAAGACGCACACUGACAAGUCAAAUAAUGUAAUUAAUUCUAAUUUUAAUUUCUGUAGAAAUGCCAAUGCACUGUAUUAGAAAUAACAAAAUCAACUGCUUAAGGAACUUAUUCAGGCAGCUUUACAAAUGUCUUGAAUUACUUAAAUGAAAUUUAAAAAAUCUACUCCGAUCGACCUUCAUAACGGUAGACUAAUUAUUAAUCAGUGUA